AUGGCGGUGGCUGUUUACACUUGCGUUGUGAUGGAAAUUUUGCCAAUUGUGGGAUUUCUAAUGCUUGCUUUGGCGCCCUAUGGUAUUGGCGUGGCAACCGGAGAACAGUGCCACAACAGGGUGAUGUUCAAACAGAUGUUGCAGGCUGGCUCCCUCCAGUUCUGCCAAAUCGACUCGUGUCGACUAGGAGGCGUCAACGAGAUAUUGGCGAUCUACCUCAUGGCGCACAAGUUUAAAGUCCCCGUUUGUCCACAUGCCGGCGGCGUAGGAUUGUGUGAGCUGGUUCAGCAUCUAGCAGCUUGGGAUUUUAUAAGUGUCAGUGGGUCUCUCGAAAACAGAAUGAUAGAAUAUGUCGAACAUCUGCACGAGCAUUUCGAGAACCCUGUCGUCAUGCACAGAGGGCGCUACAUGUUGCCCCAAGAACCUGGAUACAGUUCCAAAAUGAAAGAAGACAGCAUCGCACAGCACGAAUAUCCUGAGGGUGUCGUCUGGAAGAAACUCCGAAAGGAAAGCAAAGUUUGAUAUCUGAAGACAGCGAUCACACACGAAGAUCCACAAAAGAAGAUGUAUCUAUAUAAUCUU